CGCACAUUCGCCAAUCUGACGAUAAAAUCCUUCUCACGGCCGCGGGUGGGAAGUCUUGUGCUGAAGCCGCAUCGAGAAGCUUUUCGGGUGGCAAACACCAACACCGAAAAACUCUCCGCUACCCCAUUGAAGCCAGUCAGUGACUGCUUAUGAUUACCAAUACUCGCCGCUAGAUAUUCCUCCAUGAACCUUUAAGAAUCUUGCACAGUUUGCUGGGCUUCACUUCUUCACGUACCCUAGAGCAAUGUUCCGAACAGUGUCGCGAUCCGUUGCGCGGCAGAGUCGAUCUCUAAGGGGAUCAAGCCGAACACUGCAGCUCCUCCGACCCCUCUCUACCACCGCUUGUUGCAUGUCGAACUCAACACUCAAGCCUGUAGAUCCUCCUGUGUCCUCAGCACUGCAUGGUGACUCGUUCCAGCUGCUCUCGGAGGCGUCAAAGGCGGGGCAGGCCGAGGAUGCCCUCUUCGAUGCACAGGUGCAGCAGGUGAGGGACUGGUGGGCAACGCCGAGAUACAAGGACAUCAAGAGGCCGUACUCUGCGGAGGAUGUGGUCAGCAAAAGGGGAACGCUGCAACAGACAUACCCGAGCUCGUUGAUGGCGCGGAAGCUCUUCAACUUGUUCGAGGAGCGGGCAGCGAAGGGCGAGCCCGUCCAUACAAUGGGCGCCAUUGACCCUGUGCAAAUGACCCAGCAAGCUGCGAACCAAGAAGUUCUCUACAUCUCCGGGUGGGCUUGUUCAUCAGUCCUCACUACGACGAAUGAGGUCUCUGCAGAUUUCGGAGACUACCCCUACAACACCGUGCCGAACCAGGUACAACGAUUAUUCAAGGCCCAACAGCUACACGACCGCAAGAACUGGGACAACCGAAGGAAGAUGAGCUCAGAAGAGCGCGCCAAGACUCCGUACCUCGACUACAUGCGUCCCAUCAUUGCAGAUGGAGACACCGGCCACGGCGGUCUCUCAGCCGUCAUCAAGCUCGCCAAACUUUUCGCUGAGAACGGCGCCGCCGCUGUACACUUCGAGGACCAACUCCAUGGAGGCAAGAAGUGCGGUCAUCUCGCCGGAAAGGUGCUCGUACCCGUUGGCGACCACAUCAACCGCCUGGUCGCAGCAAGAUUUCAAUGGGAUAUGAUGGGCUGUGAGAACCUCGUCAUUGCCCGAACCGACUCUGAGAGCGGAAAACUGAUCAGCAGCGCUGUCGACGUUCGGGAUCACGAAUUCAUCAUGGGCGUGACGGAAGAGACGGACCCACUAGCAGAAACGUUGCAAACCAUGGAGUUAAGCGGUGCGCCAGGGAAGGAGAUUGACCAGUACGAGGCAGCGUGGGUGAAGAAGCAUAAGCUUGUCACCUUCGAUGAAGCUGUCAUAGGCCAUCUAGAAAGUGAAGGCGCAUCCCAAUCAUCCAUCGACGCCUUCCUGAAAGAAAUGAAAGCCAACCCCAAUCUAUCUCUCCUCAAGCGCCGCAAGAUCGCAGACACAUACACCAAAUCCCCAGUUUACUUCAACUGGGACAUCCCGCGGACCCGCGAGGGCUUCUACCACUACAAGGCUGGAAUGGCUGCUGCGACCAAGCGUGCUAAAGAAUUCGCGCCUUACGCGGAUCUUCUAUGGGUUGAAACCGCGGACCCUAACGUGGAGAAGGCCGCUGGUUUCGCGGGCGAAAUUAGAGAGAAAUACCCAGGGAAGAAGUUUGUGUACAACCUCAGCCCCAGCUUCAACUGGAUGGGGCAGGGUUUCUCAGAAGACUCACUCAAGAGCUUUGUGUGGGACUUAGCCAAACAUGGAUUCGUCCUUCAACUAAUCUCCCUCGCGGGCCUACACUCCACAGCAACAAUAACGUGCGAGCUCUCCCGUGACUUCAAGGAGAAAGGUAUGUUAGCCUACGUUAAUCUCGUACAAGCACGCGAAAAAGAAAUCGGCUGCGAUGUCCUCACACACCAGAAAUGGAGCGGUGCGGGCUAUAUUGAUGGCAUUUUGGGCUCGAUACAGAGUGGAAGUAGUGGGAGUAAGAGUAUGGGGGAAGGAAACACUGAAACUGGGUUUUAGGUAGUUGUAUGAAUAGUAAGAUUAGAAAUCGC